AACCCAGUCCAGUAUGUAGAACCGUCCACUCACAUUAAAUCCCACAAUUUCUUACACACAGUUUGAUAACUAUGUACAUAUUCUUACUGUCACUAAAAAUUGUGUCAUGCAUAUAUUUACAUGUUUAUCCCAAGUAAAACAAAUAAGAAAAAAGUCCGUUUCGGCUAAAACGUAUUCGUUAUAAAUACAUACGUGUUACUUAAAUUACGUAACGACGGUUUAUUCACCCGAGAUUCACUAUAGAAUAGUCACAACGUCUUACAAAUUCAACCAACUGGACGACCUUUCCUGAAAAUUAAGCUUUCUUCCCAACCGGCAAAAAUUCACAUUUCCAAAUCAUGACAUCGCCUCUUGAGAAAUCGGACCCCAAAUCCGUGCCCACACCCGACGUCGACACCAAUUGUGACAUCCUCCUCUCCAAAAACUUGACCGAGCCCGAAUUGGACUUCAUCAUUUCCAUUGUGCAAAAAAAUUCGGAUCUUAUAACGGAAAAUGAAACUCUAAAGGAGGAAGUCGCCCAGCUUCGUGAGGAGCUAUCAUCUCGUCGUCAAGGCCAAAAUCAGGUGGAAGACGUGGACUCCGCAUUUCUCGAGUACAUCGAAAAUUUAAAGGUCGAACAUGGCAAAAAGUUUAAAAAUCUGAUCGAGUCUCACCGCAAGGAAAUGGCCGACCUCAAUCGAGCCCUGGAUGACCUCCAAUUUACCCACAAUGCUCUCAAAUCUGCCCACGCCGACGAGAUCACUACCAUCCUCGCCACGUCUGAAUUGGAAUACUGGACACUGACCAAGGAUCACGAAUCCCUCACGACUGAUAUGCUCGCAUCCCUUAGUGCGGGGUUGGAACAGUUGCGACACGAUUUCGAAAGUGAUCAGGAAAAAGGGGGAGAUAAAUUGAGAAAUGGGAAUUCUGGGGUUAGAAUUUGGGCAGAAUUUCGAGGCCUGCCCGACACUUCUCGAGCCAUUAUUGUCGCAGCGAUUGGAACGAUGUCAAAUUUUCUCAAGGUCACGUGGGAGUUUAUCGAUUGGCUCUGGCCAAAGUUGAUCGCGGCUGUCGCAGCAAUCCAAACCAUCGUCGUCAAUCAUUCCCCCGUUGUUAUCGAAUUUCUUAAUUCACGACAAUUUCAACGUUUCGUUUUGGGGUGGGGGCGAGGCGACAAUUUGGAGAUCUUGGUUGCUGAGCUAGUUGCUGGACUUGGAGGGGCAAAUGGUCAAAUGUUGGGGAAAUUGACCCCGUUGGUGUUCACAGUUGUGAAGAAGUUUAUCAAGUGUUGUUAAGAGUAAGAUAACCUGGGAUUAGUCAGUAUGUAUGAUGCAGUAAUUAGCAAUUUAGGUUUAACUUUAUUACCGGUAAAUCCAUGUAGUUGCAAUUUAGUAAUAAGUAGUUACAUAUUCUUUGUAAUACAUAAUCUUAUCUUGGAAAUUCCAAGUUGGAAUGCACAGUAGGCUGUGUAACUUUUGUAAAGUAUUUUAAGAAGGUUAACAUAUGUAAGUACGUAAAGAGCUCUCUUCAAUCCGUUGUCCGUGGAAGUUUGUAAAAUAAAUUUGUUAAAAUUAUGUAUUUUCUAAAUCUGUGUACACUUAAAAUACAUAUUAUUAUAAUUUUUUGAAUAGAUGCAAGUUAUGGAGUUACCGGAAUUGUUACAAGUAAUGGGAGUGAAUUACUCACAUUUAUUAUUUUAAUUAUGUAUAUUACUGCUUUGUUUAGCAUUAGCAUGCUGCUUCAAAUUUUGAAAAAGAAAAAUAAAUGAAU